UAUUUGUGCCACAAUUGCAGAAAGUAUUUGUUAGGCAAAAACAAGUAAAAUGCCUUCGUCUUUUGUCCUUCGAAGGAUACCUGUUAUGCUUCCAAGCAUACAGCUAUACACAGUAGCAAGCAUUCUAUUGCUUGUAUUAGUUGUUUUUUGGGCUGAUAAGGAACACACAAGAAUGAAUUCAAAACAAUCAGAAAACCCAUCAAUGACUGUUGAUAAGUUUCAUACACAUCAACAACCAGAUGUUGAAAUGUCCUCUGUUCCUGAACGAGGCAUGUUCGGUAUAUCUUAUGUUCAAGGAGUUGUAAUAAUCAUGCUCGAUGAGCCCCUUACUCUUGGUGUGUUAAUCAAUGCUGCUUAUUGUUUAUUUGCACUUGGCGCAAAAUUUAUUCUCAAAGUUGUAUUUGGAAACUUGAGAGUUGUAGAAAGACAACAUAUUAAGGACAAAUUCUGGAACUUUGUAUUCUACAAAUUCAUAUUUGUGUUUGGAGUGAUGAAUGUUCUUACACUGAAUGAGGUCUUAUUAUGGGUCGGUUGGUAUACCGCAAUUGCAGCUUUGCUUCUUCUCACAAAGCUAUCUAAAGACAGAUUUGAUUUUUUAUCAUUUUCUCCAAACACUCCAACACAGUUCCACUGGAAAGUUGUCGGUCUUUUAUGCUUGGUGAUGUGUUGUGGUGUAGGUUUAUCAUGGACUUGUCUUUCUCGAAAACAACCUUUUUACCCAAUAUCGCAAGAAUUUCACUCUUUAAUAUUCAUGUUAUCUGAAUGUGUAAUCAUAAUGGUAAAAGCUCUCCAUGUUCUCAUGAGAUAUGGAAUUCACUUGUAUGACAUUCGCCGUGAGGAUUUGUGGGAGCAAAAAGCAACUAUAGUUUACCACACUGAUUUGUUUAUGGAACUACUUUCUCUCACAGUUAAUUUCAUUCAUCACCUACACAUGUUGUUCUCUGGAAAUAUUUGGCUGUCAAUGGCAAGCUUGGUUAUCUGUAUGCAGCUUCGUUACAUAUUCUCAGAGAUUCAAAAAAGAAUAAGACGUCAUAAAAACUAUUGCAGAGUAGUUGCGAACAUGGAAGCCAAGUUUGCUCAAGCAACAUCCGAAGAACUAAGAGAAAAUGAGGACAGUUGUGCAAUUUGUUGGGAUAUAAUGGAUUCCGCCAGAAAACUACCAUGUGGACAUUUAUUUCAUAGUGGUUGCCUGCGAUCUUGGCUCGAACAGGAUACAACAUGUCCAACAUGCAGAAAACAACUUGAUGUUCGUAACUCCAACAAUGCAGAUAGAAAUCAAGAGGCAAAUCAACCUGCAGAGAAUGAUGGCAAUAAUGGAGCAGAAAAUAGGGUCAACAAUGAACAUCAAAAUCAUUUCUGGCAUUUUGAUGGAUCGAGGUUUGCUAGCUGGUUGCCAAGUUUUUCACUGGAAGUUACACACACACCAGUCAUGGCUGCAAGAGGCGGUACCAAUUUUCGUACUUUAAAUUCCGUCAACCAGACAACUGGAAAUUCGCAACUUGAUAACAUGGCAAGAGAGGUGCAAGCUAUAUUUCCGCAGAUUCCAUUGAACGUUAUAUUGAAUGAUCUGAGAAUAACAAGAUCCGUGGAAACCACCACAGAUAAUAUAUUGGAGGGAAGAGUUUCCGUACCAACCAAUGCUGUGAUUUCGGGACUUCCUCACCAACAGCCAAGAAUGCCUCUUGAAUCUCUACAGUUACUCAGACAAUUAUCUGCAGUAGCUGCACACGCUCGAGUAGGACAGCAGAUACCCAAUUUUCGACAACAGAUGAACUAUCAGAAUUCUCCUGCGAGUAACUUUGGUUUACAUUCACCUGCAAGUGAAUCUUCAUUUUCUAAUUCCGUAAAUACUGCCAACACUUCGGGAGAAACUGCAGAACCGGUUGUGCAUUCCGAUGUAAAUCUCCAGCGACAGUAUCAGUCAGAUUUGGAAAAUCUCCAACUUCGUCACAGGGUUACUACCUCUCAUCCGGAAGAUUUGCCAUCAACCAGCAAUAUAACAAAAAAUAAUAAUAAUGUGAUAACCUCGAAUUCUACAACCCCCACUAAUGUGGAUGAAAAUGCGCCAUCAUCUUCAUUGUCAGUUAAUGAUCCAUCACCUGCAAAAUCAAUGUCACUAUUGACACACUUUCCUAAAGAUCCAGCAGAACGUGAACAAUUACUAAAACAACGAAAGGCUUUGCUUCUUAGGCAAGCACAGGAAAAAUUCCUGAAAUCCAACCAAGAUUUAGUGAGACGUCCACCUACUCCUCCAUCUGUGCCAAACAUAAACGCAUACCCUUUGCUAAAUAUUCGUAAUCUUUUCACAGGUAGCAGUAAUCACUCUGCCAUGCCAAAUUCGUUAUCAUAUGUUGAAAGGCCUACUCAUGAAAUGCUGUUUAAUUCAACCAAUGUCUUGCGAAGCAAUACGAAUAGUGGCAAUGAUUCAUUUUAUGAGGAUGAAACCGACUAGAUGUGAGGGUUGAGGGCCUACAUAUUAUCAGCCAAAUUCAGUUCUGUAACUAUGGGAAAAUCGCUUACGUAAUGACCUCAUAUUUGCAUUAGUUUAAACCUAUCAGUCACUCUGGUCAUGCUAAAGCUUAGAAUCAAAACGGAACUGUUCGAGGCAUGCGAAUUUCAAUCGUGCUCAAUAUUACUUCCCUUUAUUUCGAGGUAUACUGCAUUGUAUCUCGGACACUCCAGUGAAAGUCCAGAAGCAUCCAUUAUUGGACUCAUUUAAAAUUUAGUGGUGGCCCAAAUUUUUGAACACAGUUAACUGAAAUGUGCAAUUCCAUUACAAACUCAACAUAGAAAACUGAUCCCGAUUCAAAACUCUACGAUUCUGCAUCUUCCAAAUGCUAACUUCGAGACACUUUUUAUGGCAUUUUAAAUCAGAAAGGCAUACAAUUACACACUAUUUACCGUGCUGCAAUCUUAGUAUUACUACAGACAGUUGGCAUGAAACCAUUUGUAUAAGUUAUCAAUUCGCUCUUCACUUACUUUCACAGGAUGUAGGAAUGAUUUUGUGACAGAUUUGGCUGCAAUAAACUCAUUGCUUUCUAAAAGUGAGUGCCAUUGGUCAUCAUUACGACUAUAUGAAAUUCUUGAUUUUUCGACAUAAUUGAAUAUGAAAUUUGUAAAUUACAUAUGAGCCUGAUUGGUAGUUUAAUUUAAUUCUCUCAUAUGCGAUUGUUGUUUAGAUUUAUUUGUUUAUGUAAUGUGAAUGUCAAAACAAACAGUCAGUCCAAGCUAACAAAUAUUCACAUGAAAACAGUUUCUGUGAUUUCAUAUUACUGUAUUGUAAUUUUUUGUUAUCAUCCUCGUGAAAUAUUGGUUUGUUCUCGGUCAAUUUAACAUACAUCAUUAUUUUGUUGAUUGAGGAUCUAUUUCAAAAUAUUCUGAAACUUAUACCGUAUGGAAUGAAAUAUCGUGGAGUAUCGAGUAUUUUAUGCAUAUAUUCACUACUACAUUUUUUGCUUGUAAAGUUGUAUCAGUUAGACUGAAACAGGCAAUUUAUUGAAACAUUUUAGUUGUGUAUUUAUUAUCAAACUGCUGGCAUCUAAGCACAUUUCAACAGAAGCUUUAUUAAAAGCACUGGGAGGUAGGAAAGAGUCUGGACUUUUCUGUUUAACUCGUGUUAGCAUGUCUUUUUUCGCAACUAGUUCAAACGAAGAUUGAACAUCCAACUUUGGCUUGGGACUGCUCCAGCCAGAACUUGUACUUUGUCACAUUUUUUUGAAUUGGGCUUGACUCAAUUUUAAGAGAACUUUUUAAUGAGACAUUUUGCUUGCGUUGUUAAAUGCGGAUUGUUCCAUGUUAUGGACAACAGAAGCAUUUUUUUCAAAAGUGUAUCCAGUUUAGUUAUCUGUUAUAUCAACUGUAAGGGUGAAUUGAAAUAAUCCUUUCCCUGUAGUCUAUCUGUUCUGCAUUUCUCUCGCUGUUAAUUGGUAUUUCUUGUUCCUUCAUGUUGUUUUAUUAUAAGUAUCAAUCCGAUAACAGUGCUUGUAAUUAAGCGUACCCAUGCUCUCGUUUCAUUCAUUCAGUCGGACGUCUUUGGAGCAUGUCAUAUUCAAUGCCUGAAGGCCAGCAUUUGCACAUAACACCAGAGUAAAGUUGAAUGGUAUUUUUAUUUCGCAAUUUGGUGUACAUUUCUAAAUAAAGUUCAUUGCAAUAUAGUACUA